UUAAAACACAAGCAGUCAGUCCUCAAUCAUCUACCCCGAGCUGUCCUUGUUUCCAUAGACAGACAGAAAAGCGAGCGAGCGAGAGAGGUUGCUUCGAAUACGAGGUGUUGUUAUUGGUUUGAUAGUUAAUCAAUCUCCUUCUCUAUCUGUUAUCGGUUUACUGGGAUAGGGUUUUUCUUAUAGAGCUCUCACCGUUUUGCUCUCUUGUAAUCCGAUUCGCGCCCCUUUGAGAGCGUAGGCCGUAGAAUUUGAUUGAUAUGGAAAGUUCUGAGGACGGUGGGACACAUUCUGAACCUCCUGAUCCUGAUGUGCUUGAGGUGGAUCCAACUGGUCGAUAUAUAAGAUACAAGGAGGUGCUUGGAAAAGGUGCUUUCAAGACAGUUUACAAGGCAUUCGAUGAAGUUAAUGGACUUGAAGUAGCAUGGAACCAAGUUCGGAUUGAUGAGGUGUUACAGUCACCUGAAGACUUGGAGAGGCUUUACUCUGAAGUACAUCUCCUGAAGUCGUUGAAGCAUAAUAAUAUUGUAAAAUUUUACAAUUCAUGGAUUGAUGAUAAAAACAAGACUGUUAAUAUUAUAACGGAGUUAUUUACCUCGGGUAACUUGAGACGGUACCGGAAGAAACACAGGAAUGUUGACCUGAAGGCUUUGAAGAGUUGGGCUAGACAGAUUUUGAUGGGUUUGAGCUAUCUUCAUAGUCACAAGCCUCCAAUUAUACAUAGGGAUCUGAAAUGCGAUAAUAUAUUUAUCAAUGGCAACCAAGGGGAAGUUAAAAUUGGAGAUCUUGGUUUGGCAACUGUCAUGGAGCAGGCAAAUGCCAAAAGUGUAAUAGGAACCCCCGAGUUUAUGGCACCUGAGCUGUAUGAUGAGGACUAUAAUGAGUUGGCUGAUAUAUAUUCCUUCGGCAUGUGCAUGCUGGAGAUGGUUACUUUAGAAUAUCCUUACAGUGAAUGUAGGAACUCAGCUCAGAUCUAUAAGAAGGUUUCAUCUGGAGUAAAGCCUGCUGCCCUCUCUAAGGUAAAAGAUCAAGAAGUGAAACUUUUUAUCAGUAAGUGCUUAGUCCCGGCAUCUCAGAGACUGUCUGCAGAAGAGCUUCUGAUGGAACCUUUUCUUGCAUUGAAUGAAUUAGCAAGGAAUCGUCCCUUGCCACUUCCUGAUAUUGUUCUGCCCAGGACAGCAGCCUUUGGAGAUCGUUGUUUGAUGUCAGAAGGGCCUGCCAAUAUACAAAAUAAGCUUCCCUCAAUGGAGUUGGAUCAUGAUCCUGAGAUUCCUAGCAUCACAUCUUUGAAUAAUUCCAUUGAUGGGCAUUUCUAUUCUCCAUGUGUCGAGGUACGAAGGGAAAAGAGAGGCAAUGUUUUCUUGUUAAGAGGUGAAGGAAGUGAUGAAAACUCAGUAUCAAUAGUUCUUCGAAUUGCUGAUCAGAAUGGUUCUCGGGUUAGGAAUAUUCAUUUCUUAUUCUACCUGGAUGGUGAUACUGCUCUGUCAGUUUCAAGUGAAAUGGUUGAACAGUUGGAGCUAGAAGGUCAAAAUAUUACAUUCAUAGCAGAGCUGAUUGAUUUGUUGCUAUUGCAAUUAAUACCCAAUUGGAAACCUUGUGUUCUCAUUGAGCAUCUAGUUCCUCAAACUAGAACAGAAAACUUUGAGGGAAACCAGAACCAUUAUUCACCAGAAAACGGGGAGACUGUUGUAGAUUCUUUGCAAAAUGUUUGUGAAUCAGUCAAUUAUUCAAGGACUUCAAGUUGUCAUUCUUGUUCUCUAGGGGGAUCAAUUCCAACUGCAAAAACAGAGAAAGGUUCCGAUUUUAUUAAACUUAACGUGCUAUCUCAUGUUGAUGAGUCUGGGAACCAGACCAUAGCAGGGGCUGAAGAGCAGGCUUCAGAGAUGUCGUAUCUUUCUGCAGCUUCCGGUGAGUGGGAUGAUAAAAAGUUAUCUUUCAAUUCAAACAUCUCCAUGGACUCGGCACUUACAGACUUUGAUGGCAAUGGAUUGAAAGUUGUCCUUGGGGAGUUCUUUGCCAGAAUGGGAAGUCCAUCACUUGAAGACAAAAACAAAUUAAUGGACGUAAAUGGUAGCCAUAUGGAGAUCUCUUCUAGUUAUCCAAGCAGCAUUUCCACUUUGCCUAGGGAUGAGAAUGAGGAUUUGGGAAAGGAGCUGGAGAAUAUAGAGAUGCAGUAUCAGGAGGCAAUCAAGGAGAUAUCCAAGAGAAGACAUGAAGCUAUCCUGGAGACAACAAAGAGGUUGUCACAGAAAAAUGUCGGUUUUCACUAGUUUGUUUUUGUUUUUUACUUGCUUCCCUGCACCCAAUCUGUCAAUACUCCCUCCUCCCUCUCCAAUUGUUGUUGAAAGUGUAUAUAUAUCUUCAUUUUGAGAGGAAUAGAUGGAAGUGUAAAUUGGAUAAAUGUUUUUGUUUUCUUGGUUGCA